CUGGCCAAUAGAUGUUGAAGCUGGGUAAGAUAAGGUUGGGGUCAUAUGCUUAAAACUCUUCUGUAAUGUUGCAAUGGGAAUUUGCAACACUGCCUUUGGACUGGAGUUCAGAUUAGUGUGCUCCACUAAUAAGGGACUCACAGUCCUCACAGACUCCGAAGAUGAAGUCACCAGAGAUGUGGACAUGAUUCAGGAGGAACUAGGCGAGUUCUUUAGAGCGUGUGGAAGACUGGACAAGCUCUUGCUCAGAGAUACCAGUGACCCUGACUGCUUCUGCUUGCUGGAUCUGCCUGAUCCAUCUUGAUGCCUACAUCUGGCUGGAGUCUCAUCAUUUAGAGGCUGCUUGCUGCUGCUGAAGAUGCUCCACAUGCAGCCUGGAGAUACAUGGGACUGCUGUAGAUAGAAUCACUUAGAGACCACAGAAAUGACUUUGGACUGCAAUCACCCUGGUCAGUUUGGUUCUCAGGUCUCUAUCAGUGGACAGUCGAUAACUUCAAGAAGUUAUGAAUUACAACUAGAACUGCAGGGUCGCCACAGCGGAUCAUUUGGUCCGCAUGUUUUGAUUUGGCACAGGUUUUAUGCCGGAUGCCCUUCUUGAUGCAACCCUCCUAUUUAAUCCGGGCUUGGGACCAGCACUGAGAGUUAACUCUUCAGUGGCUGGGUUUGUGUCCUGCCCGGGAAUCGAACCCCAGGCCGCGGCAACGAGAGCAUGGGAUCCUGCCACUGGGCCACCACUACAUUUUGAACAUCCCGGUCUUGAAACCAAAUUCUCACUAAAGACAAUAUUUAUGACGUCAGCCGACGCACUGUCGCCGCGCGAGUCUGACGUCAUCAGCCCCUCCUCACGCUUCGUCCGAUGCGGCUGAGAUGUCCCGGAGCUCGCGCGCCGCAGCACAGAACCGCGCGACCUUCAACCGGUACUGUUACUGCUGUUUAUUUAUCGAGAGGAUAACCAGCAGCAUGGCCGCCCGCUUCCUGUUUCUCUUUGACUUUGACGAGACGCUGAUCAACGAGAACAGCGACAACUCGGUGGUCCGUGCCGCACCGUUCCAGAAACUUCCUGAGGCCCUGAGCAAGAACCACCAGCCCAGAUUCUUCCUGGAGCACUCGCAGCAAAUCAUGAAGUUUCUGAGCGAGAGCGGCGUCGCAGAGGACGCCAUCCGGGCCGCAAUCCAGCAAAUCCCAGCCUCUCCGGGUGGAGCGGUGCUUCUCAACUUCCUGUUGGCUCGGGAAGACUUUGAGUGCGUCAUCGUCUCGGAUGCGAACUCGUACUUCAUCGAGACGUGGUUACGACAUGCUGGAGCUCACAAACUUUUCACCAAGGUUUUCACCAAUCCAGCAGAAUUCAACACAAACGGACGCCUUGUCCUGCGGCCUUUUCACUCCCACUCCUGCCCCAAGUGCCCGGAAAACAUGUGCAAGCAGGCCAUCCUGAGAGAGUACGUGAGCAAAAGGGCAAAGGAACGAGGGGAACCUUUCCGAAAGGUAUUUUAUAUAGGCGACGGAGAAAAUGACAUCUGUCCCACGUUAGCGUUGGGACAAAAUGAUACAGUUUUCCCCAGGAGAGGAUUCCCGAUGCAUAAGAUCAUCCAGGAUCUGCACAAAACGCAGCCCGGUAUGUAUAAACCCUCGGUAGUGCCCUGGGACCGAGGCGAAGAUGUAGUAGACUUCCUGAAGAAGGUCCUACAGGAGAAAUAAUCUGCUGGAGCAGAUGAGUGAAAGAAAACAAAUAAAAGAAAGGAGGAGGAAGGAGGGAGAUGAAGUUACUGACAGAUACCUAAUACACAAACCAGCACCUGAGACAUGAUUAGCCUUGCAUGAACCCCGCUAAGACACUACACCAGAAUAGACAAGGUCACAGUGAGUGAGUGUGUGUGUGUGUGUGUGUGCGUGUGUGUUUGUAUGUCGAGGCUGAAUGAAACUCUCAUGACUGAGCAUUUAACAAUGAUGUACAAUAUCACACAGAGAAAUGGCUUCCGGCUAAAGGCUAAUGCAAGGCUAACCUUUGUUAUUGUCUUCCAGAACUCAAACACACACACACACACACACACACACACACACACACAUAUAUAUAUAUAUAUAUAUAUAUAUAUAUAUAUAGGCCAGUAUUAAUAAUACAAUCAUUAAUGCUAAUAUACACAAAUUCAAAUGCUAAUAGAUCCAGAGAUUAGUUGUUCCUGUAAGCUAAUGUCAAGCUAAUCUCUCUCUCUCUCUCUCUCUCUCUCACACACACACACACACACACACAUUUCUUGUGUAUGCUGAUUAUCACCAUGAAAAUACUUCACAGAGACACUGAACAUUGUGAACAAACAUCACAGACAAAAUGGCGGCACACAGAGGAAAAGUUCUACUGCACUGCAGACUUCACAAAUUUUUAUGACAGACACAUUAGAGACACGUCUCUGUAUGUUUUAGGUUUGUAGUUAUCGUGGGUUUUUUUGUCCUGAAUAAUGCUAAACGGAAGACUUUUUUUACUCUAGCUAGCGUCAUCAGAAACCAUUCACUUUUCCAGUAGACAUCAUCACAGAGCCACAGAAAACCGAACCUUAUCGAAUGGUUUGAAAUGGAAAUUUUAUAAGCGUGGUUUCAUCGUCUCCUGCCAUAUAUACCAUCUCUCACUCUUAGUAAAGGUGUACGGAGAUGUUAGGAAGAAAAACAAGGCUUGGAAGGAAGCAGUAGAGUUUGUUGGUUUUUGUAGCAGUGUUUAAUAGCAACCAGUAAAAUCACUCACAGGAAAAUACAGCAGAAUAAUCAGCAUCUCAUUUCCUCAUCCAGUCAUUUUUCUUCUGAUCUCAUUCUUUUCUCUUUACAACAUAACUUCAUCUCUUUUUCUCCUCUUUUUCUUCAAAACUUUCUCUCUCAUCCUCUCGGUUUCCUGUCCUUCAUUUCUGUAGUUGUUUAAUUUUAAAAUCUUCAUUUCUUAAAGUUCUUAUAUCUAUUUUUUGUGUCUCGUUUUUCAUCGGCUCGUCUCAGGUUACUUGGUAAAAGCGUCUCUUGUUUUUACGUCUCAUCCUGCGCUGUCAUUUCCUCACCUUAUCUUGCCCCCCCCCCAUUUUAUCACUUUUCUAUUCACUUUUUUGCAUCUCAUUUGGAGCUUUCUUGUACUCUUUCAGCUUGUGUUUCUUGUGUCAUUUCUUUCAUCUGAAUCGUUUUUUUUUUUCAAUUUCAUAUUUCCUGUUGUCUUCUCUUAUUUUUCAUCGACUCAUCUCCCUCUUCCUUAUCGUGUGUUGUUUUGCCUGGCUUCUUCUCGUCAAGUCUAGUUGUUCCUCAUCUUAUCUUGCUUUUUUCUUAUCUUAUCUUGUUUUUACCUGCACUGGCUUAUCACUUCUCACGUAGUUUCAAUUUUCCCUGCCUCAUCUCGCGUUUCCUCGUUUCGUUUUUUUUCCCUCUUCUCGUCUUACCACUUGAACUCCUGAUGCUGACUUUUGUAAGCCGAACAAACUUACAGGUGCUCUGAAGAUUUUUUGUUAGGUAAUCCUUGUGAUCCCUUCCUCAUGAAACCAAAGUAGCUGUUUAAUAAGAUGCGAUAUUAUUUUAAUAAUAAAUCAAUAUGUAAAGUGUGAUUACGGAUUAUAAAGCCAUUAUGACAAAGCAUGUAAGAACAAUUGUGUGUAUGGUAAUAGUUGUAGUAUAUUUAUCGUGUUUUGUGUAUUGACCUUCCUGAUUUUAAGAUUUUAAGACUUUAAAGACUUUUAGAUGGUGUUUGGCGACACCUAGUGGUGCUGCAUCAGUAUUACAGUGUGUGCUGAGAAUGUGGAAGGUGCUGGAACUCUGGACACUGGUUCGAAAGCAGGAUGAUGUUUCAUGUACAUCUAACGUCAGGUAUAGAAAUAAAUGAUUACACAAUGAUCAUAAAAUGUCAUUCAGGUUUAAUUUGGUUCCUGCUGUCUAUCAAGAAAAAGCAACAACAAUAAAGUGCGGCAUUUUAUGGAAAGUUAUAGCUGCGUAUUAUAACUCUCUCUCAAUAAUCUCUCUGUUUUCUUUUCAUUACAGAAUCUUGUGCACUACGGAGCACACUAACAAUCCCUUAUUGUGAGGGAACAUGGUCACUUUGUGUCAUAAACACCAUCAAAGUCCACUGUGAAUAUUUAUUAACAUGUUAGGCUAAUAAGUUUUUGCUUAUUAUAUGCACGAGAUCUUAGCAAUGAAAGGGAUUAAAGCCAUUAGACAAAAAGGUAAUUAUUAUUAUUAUUGAAUGGAGAGUUUCGCUCUGUAUUUACUGAUUGUAUUUAAAAAGAGAAAAAAAAUGUAAGUAUUAAUCUUUAUUUUACUGAUUUAUGCAAAUAUGAAUAAAAAAUCGA